CACACCAGUGUAGAGAGAAAGAGAGAGAGAGACUCUUGAUUGACUCAACAACAGCUCUGACGAUGAAUUCGUAAAGGGUGAUUAGCGAAUCUCGAGAGAGAGACAAAUCCCUAAUCUCCAGUUUCUCAAUCGCCCAUCUUCAUUUCUCCUGUGCGCGCGGCGAGUCGUCAUCGUGCAAUCAUGUCUUGGCUCCCUGUAGAAUCCGAUCCUGGUGUUUUCACGGAGAUUAUACAACAAAUGCAAGUGAAAGGUGUGCAGGUUGAAGAAUUGUACUCCUUGGACAUUACUUCUCUUGAUGAAAUAAGACCUGUAUACGGAUUGGUAUUGCUUUACAAGUGGCGUCCUGAGGAAAAAGAGUCUCGUGUUGUGAUCACUGAACCAAACCCUAACUUUUUUUUCGCCAGCCAGAUAAUCAACAAUGCUUGUGCUACACAAGCGUUACUGUCUGUCCUCAUGAACUCUUCGAGUAUCGAGCUUGGUUCUGAACUAACAGAACUUAAAGAUUUCGCUAAAGACUUCCCACCUGAACUCAAAGGCUUAGCCAUCAGCAACAACGAGGCCAUACGUGCAGCUCACAACACGUUCGCUAGGCCUGACUCAUCUUCCACCACCACGGAAGAGGAUGAGAUAGCUGCUCGGAGGAAGAAAAAGGAAGAGGAAGAUGACGAUGUGUAUCACUACAUCAGCUACUUACCUGUUGAUGGUAUCUUAUACGAGCUUGAUGGUCUUAAAGAAGGACCCAUUAGCCUUGGACAGUGUCUCGGUGAGCCAGACGGAAUCGAAUGGCUCAAAAUGGUCCAACCUGUGGUGCAAGAGCGGAUUGAUCGGUAUAUGCAGAACGAGAUCCGGUUUAGUCUCUUGGCUGUGGUUAAGAACAGGAAAGAGAUGUAUCGAGCUGAGCUGAAAGAGUAUCAGAUGAAGCGGGAGAGGAUUUUGCAGCAGGUGGGAACUCUGCAAGCUGAUAAGUACGCUGAGAAGAGCAGCUACGAGGCUCUGGAUAAGUCUCUUUCUGAAGUCAAUGUCGGGAUCGAGACAGUGUCGCAGAAGAUUGUAAUGGAGGAAGAGAGGUCCAAGAACUGGAAGAAAGAGAACUUGAGGAGGAAACAUAACUAUGUCCCGUUCCUCUUCAACUUCCUCAAGAUUCUUGCGGAUAAGAAGAAGCUGAAGCCUCUUAUUGACAAGGCUAGACGUUAACACCUGAUUCAGCUUAUGCCAAGGAUAUUAAAACUUAUAUGUAUGAGGUCUGAUUGUAUUCAGUCUUGAGGAUUUUUGUAGAACCAAAUCUCUUAAUUACAUGAAACAAUAAAUCAAACACAAUUACAAAACUUGUUCUCUUCGUUU